GGAGUACUAAUUAUCCCAAAUUCCCAGUUCUUAUCUUCUCUAUACUUGGCUUAAUUAUUUCUCUUUCUAAAAAAAAAUAGCUGCAGUGAAAAGGGACUUCGGGAGAUGGGAAAUUGUCUGAAUAAACGGGGAUCGUCAUCCAUGGUGUGGGCUGCAGAAGAUGAAGAGGAUGAGUGGGAAUGGGAAUCGCAAGAUAAGAAAACUCAGAAGACUGGCAAUGGAAAUAGCAGCAGGUUGGUGGUAGGCGGCGGCGGUGACGAUAAAAACAGUAGCGCCGCCGCGUCGUCUACGUCGUUGAAGAUCACAAUCUCAAAGAAGCAGCUCGAGCAGCUGCUUGAGCUGGUGAGGAAAGGGGAAAAUGGUACUUGUAAUCAAGAAGACCAAAUACUUUUAGCAAGAUUGUUGGCGGAUUCCGGUAGAAGUACUGAUCGGCACGGCGGAGAUAUGGUGGUGCGCCAACGAUCAUGGAGGCCGCGUUUGCAAAGCAUUCCCGAACUCAAUUGAACAUAUUCGGCUGUUCUUAAUUGCUGUGCAUACCCUAUAGUCAUCGAUGUGUAGGCUCAUUGGUUGAAUUUGUUGAUGAUGAAUCUGACUAUUAUUGGUGAGAUUGUUAUUUGUUAAUUAAUAGUUGAUGCAGGUUGUUGUCUGUAACUUUAGCCCAG